AUGGAGUACCGGUACCCGCUGACGCCCGUCGACAAGACCGAGGGCCUCGAGAUUGAGCCGGCGCUGCGCCCGGAUGCGAUCCGGCUCGGCGCCAUGUUCUCGCCGAUUGGCACCAACGGCGACGUCCACAAGACGUGCCUCGCGCUCGCGCAGCUCUGCAAGCGGCACGGCGUCAUGUUCCGCUGCAACACGGAGAUCGAGGACGUCCUCGUCGUCGACGACCGCGUCGUCGCCGUCCAAGUCCGCAACGGCGACCUCAUCGAAGGCGACUCGUUCGUGCUGGCGCUCGGGAACCACACGUCGGCGGUCGCCAAGCUCGCCGGCGUCAAGCUGCCCAUGUACCCGAUCAAGGGCUACGUGUUGCGCGUGCCGACGACGCCCAGUGCGACGCCGCUGAAGUGCAACGUCUAUGCGGGCGGCCAAGCGCUCAUCUCGCCAGAGCGCGACGACAUGAUUCGCAUCUCGGGCGGCGCCGACAUCACGGGCUUCAACUACAAGAAAGACGCGAAGCGCAUUGCGUCCUUGCUCGCGCACGCCAAAAAGUGCUUCCCGGACGGGUACCUCGACGAGGCCAAGAUGACGACGCAGGUGUGUCUGCGCCCCGUCAGCGCCGACGAAGUGCCGUUGAUCGGCCAGACGCUGGUCGAAAACCUAUUUAUCAACGCCGGCCAUGGCUCGAAAGGCUGGACGCUCGCAUUCGGCGCCGGCGCGCUCCUCGCCGACCAGAUCAGCGGCCGCGCGCCCGAGAUCAACAUUGAAAAGUACUCGCCGCUGCGCUUUGGCCUCUUUGCCACGCAGCAAACCCAGCCCUAG